UUCGCCACGUUUGGGUCUACGGUGUACUUUAACGUCAGCUGUGGGUAUAACCGCUGGCUUCCCAUGUCUUCACUAUCCUAAAUUAUUGCGAUAUCAGCACGUCCGAUAAAACUAUUACAUUACCGUUUAUUAUGUGAUGCGGCUUGAUUUGUCAGAAAGGUUUUUGUUGUUUUGUCAUAGGGAUACACUUUCUGUCAGUCCUCAACAAAACAAUUAUAAUUUAUCUCUAUUUUCCACCAAAAUGAAAUACGCUUUAAGUAUAAUGACAGUGGGAUUCAUCACGUGUUUGAGUGUGCUUCUUACCUUUGCCGACACUGAAAAGUUUCCUGUAGCUCUUACAGUUAAGGAUGACUUGAAUGAUUUUGAGAAGACAAAGGAUGACCAUGAGCCUGAUCCUAAGGAUUUGGAGGCAUUUGACCCGAACCCAGGAUGGCAAACUCUUAAACCAGAUCAAACUGUUCCUGCAGGCUCUCAUGUCAGGUUGAAUCUUCAGACAGGACAAAGAGAGGUCAAGCUUGGACAUGGAGAAUAUCUGCUGGGUCAGAAGAGCACUCCAGGAAUGCUUAAAAAGCCGACCCUGCUAUUGACUUCGCAUGAACUAAAACGAGCUGUAAAGAAGUUUAAAGGAGUAGAUGGCAAAAAGGAUUCUGAGCAGGGCGGUGAGAUUUCACCAUCUCUGUUUCGCUCAAUGGAUGAACUUAAAAAAGACUUAGCCAUGUUGGACUUGCUGAUGGAAACAGAUGUCCAGAUUAUGAGGAAACUCUUGUCCAAAUUUAAUAGCACUAACACUACCAUGGACCAAAGAGUGGCUGCUUUACUUGACUUGGAGUACCUUGUUCAUCAGGUGGAUAAUGCAAAUAAUCUGGUGGUAAUGGGUGGAAUAGAACUGAUAAAUGAUGCCCUAAACAAUACAGAUUUUAGACUUCAGGAAAAUGCUGCAUUUGUGCUGGGAUCAGCCGUUUCUAGUAACCCAUCUGUUCAAGUUGUAGCUUUAAAGUAUGGCAUCUUACAGAAGCUGUUGACUAUGCUUGCAACCCCACGACCAAUGUUGGUUAAGAAAAAGGUGUUAUUUGCACUGGCAUGUAUGCUACGUCAUUUCCCUCCUGCUCAAAGUCAGUUUGUGAAGCUUGGUGGAUUCCAGGUGCUACUUGAGCUGUUCCAGGCACAAGAAACCAAGAGUUUGCGUGUAAGGAUCAUCACAUUGCUGUAUGACAUGAUUACUGACAAGGAGAUGAUCUCUCAAACUGGUAUGGAGCCACACACUCAUCAGGAACAUUUGAAGCAAUAUAGUGACCUUUCCCUGUUUCCCAUGCUUAUGGAGCAGGGCUGGUGCAGCCUGGUACCAGAAAUCCUGGCAUCUCCUGAGCAUGAUUGGCGGGAAAAAGGUUUGCAAACACUCCUUGCCAUGAUGCCCCACUGUAAGACACUGUAUCUGCAGAACCCUACCUUGGGCAAAUUUCUUACUGAUUUGCAAAAGCAAUACCAGGAGCUAGCCCUUAGCGAGAGGAGCCUGGGAGAGGACAAUGGUUACUUUGGGGAGAUGUUGCUCCUGGUGGACUCUGUAAUGGUGAAAAUUCAUGUUUAA